AUGACGACUUUACCUGCGUCUGUACUGACAACAAGUGGCACAGAUGCGACGAUGGAAAAAGAUAUAACCGCAAUGUUACUGCGGGCACUUAUACUUGCCAUUAUAUCACUACUUUCACUAAUUGGAAACGCAGUAGUUAUCAUAAUCAUAUUACGUCAUUAUCAGCUGAGAACAGUGACCAAUGCUUUCAUCGCAUCACUAUCUGCAUCUGACCUUUUACGAACCAUCUUGUGCGUCCCGUUCACGUUCGCCACACUGUUUACUAACACCUGGAUAUUCAGCAACGAUCUAUGCGUACUAAACGGAUUUCUUAACAGCCUGUUUGGUAUAGCUUCCACACUCACGUUGACGCUCAUAUCGAUUGAUCGAUUUUACGCAAUAGUAAAGUUACCGCGAGAAAAAGUGACCCGAACUCGUGCCAUACAAAUGAUGGUGUACAUCUGGGUACAAGCUUUUAUCUUCUCUUUUCCGUGGUAUAUUGUUGACCCCCAACCACGUUAUUACAAAGAUGAUUUUUUACAUUGCAUGUAUAUUUUCCACUCAACCUCGUCAUAUUUACCUGAAGCAUACAGUAUAUUUGUUAUUGUUGUCUGUUAUUUAAUACCCUUUACUAUAAUGUGCUACUGUUAUUAUAAUAUUUGGAAAACGCUAAGACUUAGCGACACGAGGAUACGUCCUGCUACGGCCCAAGCUAGCAUGCUUAGAUUUUACGGAGAGAUGCGUACAGCUACCACUGUCCUCAUCAUGAUAUUCCUCUUUCUGUGCUGUUGGGGUCCCUAUUGUGUUAUGGCCAUUGUUGUGGCAGGGAGGAACAUCAAGUUUAAUUCAACCAUGGAUACCAUCGCAAUGUACCUCGCGUGGUCCAAUUCCGCGAUGAAUCCUGUCAUAUACGCCAUUCGCAAUCCCCAUGUGUCAGCGCUGAUUCGCCGCAACCGUGAAAGUGGUUAUGUGACGGGCGCCAACAAUGGCGUUGUGAUCGUUGUAAGUCCAGCAAUUAAACGAAAAAUCACUUCAAUUUCGACCGAUAGUUAUAACCAAGACAACACGCCAAACUCACCAAGGCUUGAUCCAACAGCGUGGGCUAGAAAAGCCCCAGCUUUGAUGUUCUGCCAUCACAACUAUCAGCCAGAGGACAGUACAUCCGUUCACACCACUAUGACGCAAACGACCAGUUUGUGA